AGGCUACUGGACAGGGAAAGAGUAAUGUAAAGAGAGUCGAACCUCGCUCCGCUGCUCGAGAGGGAGGAGCGGAUCCUCGUGACUCAGCCCCCCGCGCGCGGCGCAGGUUUCAUAAAGCCCCGCGCGCCGCGUCCGCUCCGGUAUCAGCGGCGGCGGCGGCGGCGGCGGCACCGUCAUGGCGCGGGAGUCUCUAUCCUCAUCGCUGGAAGAACCGCGCUCUCCUCACCCGCUCUCCUAGUGUCCCCCACCCCCGCGAGUCGGCAAGGUGAUGCAAGCCCUCCACAGACCCGGGCUGCACCGGACACCUGACGCCGAGCUUUGGCUGGACCCGAUGGCGGACCUCCAGAACCAGAGCUCCGCGAACGUCACCGACGACAACAUGGAGGACAUCAACCUGGCCGCGGACGGCACGCUGGAGUUGCGCGUCAUGAUCUCCAUCGUGUACUCGGUGGUGUGCGCGGUGGGUCUGGUGGGCAACCUGCUGGUCUUCUUCCUCAUGAGGGUCCGGCAGGGGAGGAAGAAAUCCACGAUCAACUACUUCAUCAUGAACCUGGCGGUCACGGACUUCCAGUUCGUCCUGACGCUGCCCUUCUGGGCCGUGGACACGGCGCUGGACUUCACCUGGCCGUUUGGACACGUCAUGUGCAAGGUGGUGGUCACGGUGACCGUGAUGAACGUGUACGCGAGCGUCUUCUUCCUCACGGCCAUGAGCGUGACGCGCUACUGGUCGGUUGCGUCCGCGCUCAAGGACCGAACGCGCAACAAGCGUUGCUCGGUGAAGCUGGUCAGCGCGCUCCUGUGGCUCCUGGCCACCGUCGCGUCGGUCCCCACCGCGAUCUUCUCCACGGUGAGCUCGAUCAGCGGCGUCAAGCUGUGCCUCCUGCGCUUCCCCAACGGCCACCCCUGGCACGCGCUCUACCACCUGCAGAAGAUCCUGGUGGCGUUUGUGUUUCCGAUGCUCAUCACCGUCGUGUGCUACCUUCUCCUGCUGCGCCUCAUUCGCCUGCGGAGCAUGAACAACAACCUCCCCAAGCGCAGGUCCAGAGUCACCAAAUCCGUCACGAUCGUGGUCUUGUCCUUCUUCAUAUGCUGGCUGCCCAACCACGCCAUCACCUUCUGGGGGGUCCUGGUCAAGUUUAACGUGAUCCACUGGGAUAAAGUCUACUACACGCUCCACACGUACGUGUUCCCGGUCACCAUUUGCCUGGCGCACUCGAACAGCUGCUUGAAUCCGGUCUUGUAUUGCCUCAUGCGCAGGGAGUUCCGGAAAAUGCUCAAGGACUUCUUCUGGAGGAUUUCGUCGCCCGCGAUCGCCAACAGCUGCCAGAUCCGCCCGUUCUCGGGCACCGCGAAGGAGCGCGACAGCCAGGCGGUGAUCCCUCUGAACGUGAUGGAGACCGAGGAGUACAGAUUGUCGGUGGUGAACGGGCCAACCGACGCGUUGCCGUCCACGGACUGCGCCAUUAAGAGGUAGACGCGCGAAUCAAGCCGCGCGUAAAAGCGCGCCGUGUUACGGUAGCGGAGGACUUUCUGCAAACUCAACAAGUCAUUCUUUCAAGUGAUGUUUCGUUACCUUGCAUCCUUAAACGUCCGUGCCGAGUUGUCUCGUCCGCCGCGAGCCACAGCGCUUUUCAACGCCGCGUUCCCGAAUCUAAAAGAGUGCUUUUAUUCCGCGUAAAAACGCGCGCGGCGAAGCAGACCUGGAUGUAGAGUAUCGAAAUAAAAUCUCGGGCUUAAGCUGCAAUGCAUUUUUAUAGUUUUUACUUUUACUCUUGUUUGGAGGACAUACUGUUGCGUUAAAAAAUUUGACCGUAAUUGUUUACGCGUACACGUAUCAUAAUAAUUAUUAACAUAUAAUACCGCUAUAUACGUAGUUGUUAUUAUAUCUCAUUAUUUAUUAGAAAUGUGUGUCCAAUCUCUUUUUUCUUACACGUUUGGAGAAAAAUAUUGCUUUACUUAAACAAACUACACUCAUAUGCAUGUGUGUGUGUUUCGACUAAUCCCAUUUUUUUAAGCUUUUAUUCCGAUUUUGCAGCCAAAUUUGGAUUUUUUCGACUGAAAUGGUUUCACGACUGCUCACGACCGGAUCCCAAAGCAGCCACAUCGAUCCCAGCUGCUUUCUGACCUCCUUUUUUUUUUUGUCGUUUUUGAAUCUACUGCCUGGAAAUUCUGAAAUAAUUAAAAUGUAUUGCUCAUUUGAAGUGUAAUAAAGCUGCGUCGAUGACCUCAGCCAUGUGAAGGUGAUGGUCCGAAAGGAAAUGAAUGUAAACAGUGUUACUAUGUCGUCCAUUUGAAGGGCCUAAUAAAGUCCUGUCUUAUCGUA